AUGGGUAUCUUACGGAGACAGCAAACAAUCUCGUCGAAAAAACACAGGACAAGAAAUGACGACAGUAGGAGGCAGGGAAUUUCUUCCCAGAGAUAUAUAUUAUCUGUAGUCCGUACCCGAACAAAACUAUCUAAGGUGUCGGCCAUCUCUCUCUUUCUCUCUCUCUCUCUCUCUCUCCCUCCCUCUCUCUCUCUCUCUCUCUCUCUCUCAUUUAUCACCAUUAUUUGGUGGUAUUUAAACCGUCUCGCUUUAACAUGGUCGUCAUCGAGUGCAGAGGGAAUUGAUUAUAUUUCUUCAAUCAACUCGCUCAUAUUUGCAACACUUCUUCUUCUUCUUCUUCUUCUUCUUCUUCUUCUUCUUCUUCUUCUUCUUUCUAUUUCUUUUUUGGUCUCUUCUUUUUCUUCUCCAUCGUUAUACGUCUUUUUCUUUGGUUUCUUCUUCUUUCUUUUUCUUCUUCUUCUUCUUCUUCUUUUUCUUCUUCUUCUUUCUUCUUCUUCUUUUUCUUCUUCUUUCUUCUUCUUCUUCUUCAUCGCUAUACGACUUUUUCUUUGGUUUCUUCUUUCUUUUUCUUCUUCUUCUUUUUCUUCUUCUUUCUUCUUUUUCUUCUUCUUUCUUCUUUUUCUUCUUCUUCAUCGCUAUACGUUUUUUUCUUUGGUUUCUUCUUCUUUCUUUUUCUUCUUCUUCUUCUUCUUUCUUCUUUUUCUUCUUCUUCAUCGCUAUACGUCUUUUUCUUUGGUUUCUUCUUCUUUCUUUUUCUUCUUCUUCUUUCUUCUUUUUCUUCUUCUUCAUCGCUAUACGUCUUUUUCUUUGGUUUCUUCUUCUUCUUCUUCUUCUUCUUCUUCUCUAUCCGUCUCUUUCUUCUUUGGUCUCUUCUUCUUCUUCGUUAUUUGCCUUUCAUUGAUGAUAAUUUUAUUGCCAAGAAAUCAUUUUUAUAUUUUAGCCUUUCAUUUUCUUUUGUUUCAUUUUUAUAAGUUUUCUUCAUCAUUAAUUCAUCUGUUUCCUUUUUCUUUAUUUUCUCAAAAUAUCUUCUAUUUACUUUUUUCGUUUCUAUUUCUCUUUCCCUUUCGAAAUCCUUUUUGUUCUAUCAUUUUUUGUUUCGUUAUCUUGUAUUUUCCUCGGCCUUCUCCUCUUAUUUCUGUUACGACCUUUUUUCUUUUUCUAUGCUCUCCUUUGUCCUACUCAAUUCAUCUUUAUACGCAUAGCUUUUGUUUGGUACCCUCUCUCUAUCUCUCUCUACACUUUACCUCUGCUUCACUUAAAAGCAGGCAAAAUCCGAAUCAUUUUCCCUCCAGUUCUUUUGUUGUCCCUUUUUUCUGUUCUUCUCGCCUUUUUUUUUUCUUUCUUGCUUCACGUACUUCUUCAUUCAUAUUCGCUCCCUCUUUCUCCGGCAUCAUCUUCUCUUUACCCUCCUCCUUCUUCUUCUUCUCCUCCUCCUUCUCCUUCUCCUUCUUCUCCUCCUCCUCCUUCUUAUCUGUGCUCUUGCAGUCGCCAUUAUUCUUCUACUUCUUCUCCACUUUCUGCCCUCGUACGCGAUGUACACGUUUACAAGGCCGGUCCUCAUCCUUUUGUAAACAUUUACCUGUCUUUCUUACACACCUGUUCUCUUUCUCUUGA